UUUUUUUUUCUUUAUUUUAUUUUUCUUUUUUUUAAUCUUUGCUUUAAUUGUAGUUUUUUACCCUUGUGGUCCCUGAUGGCUUCGCACAGUGAUACUCUGGUGGUGUUCUUUGGGGCAACAGCUGGUGCAAAUGGGGGUAAACUGGGUUCGGAUGAGAGGGAAAUAAUUCUCUUGGUGUGGCAAAUUGUGGACCUACAUGAGAAAAAGGUGGGAAAGCUUCAUAAAUGCUUUGUCAAGCCAGACACUUUGGAGCUGACAGAUCAGUGUAAAGAAGAGACCGGGGUGACUCUAGAGGACAUCAUCAGCGCCGAGCCUCUGGACAAAGUUCUGCAACAGUUUCAGCAGUCUGUUUCAUCAGAAGUAAAAUGCCUCGGCAGAAGUUCUUACACUCUCUUGGUGAACAGUCCGCUUGUCGUUCGACAGGCCCUCCACCCAGAAGCCUCCAAAAAGAAUCUGGUGCUACCUGAAAGCUGCUUCUCAUUUUUUGACGUGAGGAAAGAGUUCCACAAAUGCUGCCCGAAUGCAGGCCCCGUGCAGAAGCUCACCCUGGCCUCCAUGCUGGAAUAUGUCGGUCUCCCUGCUGUGUCGGAGCAGAUGAUUGGGGUGAGGGAGGUGGGGAGCAUGGUGCAGCUGAGCCUCUGCCUCCUGGCUGAGCCCUACAAUCACAAGUUCUCCUGUAUGGAAACCGUGAUGUUCAAGUUUGACUCAGGCACAUGCAGUAAGAGCGAGCCUGUGGACAGUGAGACGGUGAUCAGAGCUCGAGGGCUUCCAUGGCAGUCCUCAGACCAAGAUAUUGCCCGCUUCUUUAAAGGACUUAAUAUUGCCAAGGGCGGCGUGGCUCUGUGUCUGAACGCUCAGGGGAGGAGGAACGGGGAAGCCUUAGUUCGUUUCAUCAACUCUGAACAUCGAGACCUGGCUCUGGAGCGCCACAAACAUCACAUGGGCAGCCGAUACAUCGAGGUCUAUAAAGCCACAGGAGAGGAGUUUCUCAAGAUUGCUGGAGGAACGUCUAACGAGGUGGCUCAGUUCCUGUCUAAAGAGAACCAGGUGAUCAUACGGAUGCGGGGGCUGCCAUUCACCGCCACACCCCAGGAAGUGCUGACCUUCCUCGGUCCAGAGAGCCCGGUUACAGACGGCGUCGAGGGUCUGCUCUUUGUGAAGUACCCCGACGGACGGCCCACUGGUGACGCCUUCGUGCUCUUCUCCUGCGAGGAAUAUGCUCAGAACUCCCUGAAGAAACACAAGCAGAUCCUGGGGAAGCGAUACAUCGAGCUGUUUCGGAGCACCGCAGCUGAGGUGCAACAGGUCCUGAAUCGUUACAUGUCCACACCUCUGAUCUCCACACUGCCUCCUUCACCCAUGGUACCCCUGCCCGUUCUCUCCACACCUCCCUUCCUGCCGACGGCCAGCAACGUCCGAGACUGCGUGCGCCUGCGUGGUCUGCCGUACACCGCCGGCAUCGAAGACAUCCUGGACUUCAUGGGCGAGCACACGGUCGACAUCAAACCUCACGGCGUGCACAUGGUCCUCAACCAACAGGGUCGGCCCUCAGGGGACGCCUUUAUCCAGAUGAAGUCGCCCGACAAGGCCUUCCUGGUGGCCCAAAAGUGCCAUAAACAGAUGAUGAAGGAUCGCUACGUCGAGGUCUUCCAGUGCUCCACAGAGGAGAUGAGCAUCGUUCUGAUGGGAGGAACUCUGAACCGCAGCGGCCUCUCCCCUCCACCCUGCAAGCUUCCCUGUCUGUCUCCGCCCACAGCCUACGCCACCUUCCCCACACCACCUGCUAUUCUCUCUGAGGCUGCUCUUUACCAGCCCCCCCUGCUGGCUGCUCCCAGACCCCCUCAGGCGGCCAUACACAGCUCUGCUCACGCUCUGGCCUACUACCCCCCUCAGCCGCAUCUCUACAUGAACAUGAACUACACGGCGUACUACCCCAGCCCCCCGGUGUCUCCCUCCACAGUUGGCUACUUCGCAGCCCCACCAGGAGCCAUGGCAGCAGCUGUUGCAGCUCAGCCCCACCAUGCCGCCGCUGCAGCGUCCUCUCUGCUGCCCCAGCCCGGUGCCCUGGUGAGGAUGCAGGGUCUGCCCUACAACACCGGGGUCAAAGACAUCCUCAGCUUCUUCCAGGGGUAUCAGCUCCAGCCAGAAGCCGUGCUUAUUCUGUACAACUUCAGCGGCCAGUGCAGCGGCGAGGCUUUGAUCACUUUCCCGAGCGAGGAGAUGGCCCGGCGGGCCGUAGCGGAGCGCUCCAACCACCCGUUCUACGGGCAGCAGGUCCACUUGGUUCUCUGUAACUGACCUCCACCGCUCAACCUCGCUCACUUUAACAUCCUGCAAAAAACUAACUACAAAAAAGCCCUUUUUGUUCGCUCCAAACUCCAGCACAUCCCGGUUCCUUCCAGAACGCCUGUCGAAGCUUUCUCCUCCGUCUGAUCUGUUAUGUUGAACGCACACCUCUCUCACCGCUGAGUCCCGACACUCCUGCGACUGCAUCUGGAGUUGAGGCGUCCACAGAUGAAGCAGUUAAUGUUGAGCAAACGACACUGUGGACGCCGUCUGUAGUGUUUCAGUUUUUUUGUUUUCCCUUUCUGUGCCAACUGCAUCGCCUGGUUGUGGAGAAAACCCGAUGGUGUGAAGUCCAGACAAGAACCACGCAGUGGCUCUGCAGAGCCAAACAUACAGAAAUAUAUUUAAAUACUUUUAUAUAAGCUUCUCCUAUGAAACUGUACACGUUUGUCCUGAAAUGCUUGAGGCUGCACAAACAUCUAAACUCAAAUUAUUUCUGUAAAAUUCUCCAAAUUUCAUCUGAAACCUCUACAGGAUUGAAACAUUUUUUUUUCUCUGUUGGCUCUGCGCUGACAGCAGCUGACUGUAGGCUGGAUGUGUUUUAGAUGAUGGUCUCCUGCAGUGGAAAUGAGAAGAUUUAAGCCAUAAAACCUGCUUUAGAUUAGAAUCAAUCAGGAGUUCAGAUCUGUUCAAAAGUUUCUCAGCGCUUCAGGGACUCUCAGAUUAUAAUAGAUAACACUACAGCUGUACCAGAGGACCCAUUAAAAUGUCACUUUAUUUUUGUUUUGUAUAAAAUGAAAAAGGGGGUAAAAAAAAGCAUUUAUUUUUACUGACAUUAAGCAUUUUUUGUAAAAAGCACUGCGUGUUCCUUCAUUGCUUUGAUCAGAUGAAAGGAGCCGUACUUCUUUACCAGAGCAGCAAAUAAAUUUAUUCUAUUUUAUGAAUGCGUUUUCUUGACAAAAGCUUGUAUUUGGUUAUUAAAUGUAAAACGGAGGCUUAUUUUCUCAGAAAUGUUUUUAAAAACAACCGACUGCAGCUCCUGUUACUUUUUUUUUGUUGUUGUUUCCAGACUGUAACGACGCCUGCAGCACGAUUUAAUUCCUGCCUACGAGCAGAGUGCUGAGGAGAGCUGUAGUUUUUUUGUUGUUUCCUUUCCCUGUGAAAGGCCUGCUGACAGUUGUCUUAGUUUGUCCAUCUUUAUUCCAUUACCCAGAGUGCAAUAGUGGCCCAAACGAGGCUAAAUGUCAGCCUCUGGUGGCAGAUGAUUUUUUUCUUUUGUGAGUUAAUGCUUGCAUGUAUUUCUGUGUAUAAAAUGUUAACAAUAAAAACAUUGAUAAAUAUUCA